UUUUUGUUAAACGAAAUUUUACUCUGUGUUUUUGUGCAGUGCAUAAUAUUUUUAGAUGUAGAAAAGUGUCGUCUUUUCGUUUAAAUUAAAAUCUAAUUUUUAUCUAAGCACACAGAAGGUUAGAGUAGUGCAAGUAAUAUGCAGAACAACCCCCAGGAGCUUUCAUGGCAGGCUAUUCAGGCUAUUGUCGGGGUUAAACUUCCUUCGAAUGUGCUGCGAUUUGACGACAUCGGAUUUCACUUAGUCAAAAACUCUUAUUCGAGUGCAGAGGAAUCCGAUUCUGACGUCGAAAUAAUAGAAAAUGACUGGGAGUCCGACAAUAACGUAUCCUCGAAGCCCGAGCACUCGGACAAUGAAAAGAACACAUCGCCGGAACGAGCGCAGAGCGAGUCCCCAGUUCUACAUCUCGUAGAGCCAGACAACAACAACUCAGGGAAGGACUCAUUAGACUAUAGAGAAAACUUAGAUAAAAAUGAUACCAAAGAUAUAUCAGACCAAAUUCAAAAUGAAGAUGCUGAUAGUUCCAAUGGGAAUGUGAUGUCUAUUGAGAACUACCUGGAAGUGACCCUGUCUACCGACUCUGAGGCUAGUCAUACUUGUAGCCAGUGCAACCAAAUAUUCCCAAGUGAGCAGACCCUUCUGGUUCACCACUGUAGUGCCAAGCCAGCUGAGGAAAAAAAGUACCCAUGCCACGUGUGUGCCGAGAAGUUCCCCAGCUACUGGGAGCUCCGGAAGCACAUAAACAGUCACUUCCCAGGUAUGUCAGACUCAAAGUCCAGUUUCUGCCACCUCUGUCAGAAGGACUAUACAAAAACAGGGUUCAUGAAUCACCUCCGCAAACACACUGGGGAGAGGCCGUUUGUCUGCGAGCUCUGCCACAAGGCAUUCUCCCAGUCCAGCUCCCUGUCCAUACACAUGAAGUUUCAUUUAAAUGUCCGCAAACAUUGCUGCACCGUGUGUGAGAAGAAAUUUGUGACAAAAAGUGAGCUCUCUCGUCAUAUGACAGUGCACACCAAGCAGAAGUCCUACUACUGCGGAGUCUGUGAAAAGGCCUUCACCCGCUCAGACAAUAUGAAAAAACAUGAGAAAACUCAUGGUUGAAACCCACAUGCAGAUUUGUGUUAAGGCAUCAAUCAAGCCUGACUGUUUUACAUCUUAUAAAUAUUGCUUACACUUAUUUUUUGAUGCUUAACACAAUAGUUUAAUUUCGGAUUCUCUAAUUGCCAAAAAUUUAGUCAUAGUCUUUUAAUUUCCUUUGUUUAUGACAUUUUUGAUUGCAUUGUUUGAUACCAAAAUUAUUAAAUCUAGUUAUUAAUUUAGUCAUUAUCUUUUGUGUGUUCAUGUGCGAGUUCAAUCAGUCAUGGUGUUUUGCUGUAGUUGCUUUGAGUUAGUUUAAGGGUUUUAUGUAUAAUUUGAUGCAUGCUUGGGAAAUACUUUAAAUAGGAAAAUGCCUUUACAGGUGCUUUAUGAUAAGGUUUCACAUAUCUCAUCCAAUGUUGCCUUUUUAGAUAUGAUAGUGAUAUAUUUAACACAUGUGAAUAUAGGUCACAUUGUUUUUGUCCAAAGACAGAUAAAUAAAACUGGUUUUUAUACAACAUACUGUAGCUAUUUACAAUGUAAAUGUAAUGUCACAAAAAUCUAAGCUUUUGGAAGCUUUGAUUAUCAUAUAUAUUUUUGUAUAAUAUUUAAUAUACUACCACCUAGUAUGCCAAAAUUAUUAACUUAUUAGAGUUUUAUAUACUUGUACCAAAGCAAUAAUAAGUAAAAGUGUCUAAAUAUCAUAGUGCCAAAUACUUUCCUAUUUGUAUUUUCAAAUGAAUUAUUUAAUCAUAUUUACAACAUGGUGUUAUUAUGAAAGUCUCAAUUCUCUUGUCACUAAAGAAAUCAUUAAUGAUGUUUACACAUUGUAAUUUAUGAAGUAAUAAUUAGUUUUUAGUCCUAAUUGAACAAAUAAGAAUUGUUGUUAGUUAAUACUUAAAUAUAAUCAAUCAAUCAGUGAUAAUGACAAUAAUAUCAUCACAAAAUACUCCUACAUAAACAAUGUAGGACACUAUUUUUAUUUAAAAAAAAUGUAACUAAAAUUCAGCUAUGCUGUUUAAUAACUCCUUGCCUAAUAGAUAAGUAAUGUAAGUAAGUUUUCAUUUUCUAUACCUAGUGGUAUGCCUACUCUCCCAAAGAUAUUUUCAUAUUUAAUAUUGGCUAUGAAACCAAAGCAAUGUAUUUUCUAUUAUGUGCCACUUUUAAACGAUUUUCAUUUAGUCAAUACCUAAGAUUUUUAAAGCUCUAGUUUUUAGUUUUAGUCUAAUUGUAAUAUUUUAAUAUAUUUAUUCAUGUAUUUAAUAAAAUCUGCAUGACUUGUUUUAAGUUGUAAAAGAGACAAAAAGAAAAUGUUAAACACAAUAUACAAGACUGACAAUAAUAAUCACAAAAGAUAUUAAGAAUUGCACAAAUCGACCUAUUUAUUAAAAGCCAAAUUUUCGUAGAAUUAUCAAAAGUGCACCUUGUUAAAACUCAUGACAAUUAGAAAAUAAGAGCCGUUUUUUAACAACUUUAAGCUGUUUUGUGAAAGAUGUAACGUGUCAAUUUUAUAUUAAAGAGUUGUUUGUUUAAA